UCCUAUAAAAAUAAAAGCCACAAACUCAUUUUCAGCUUAAGCCUAAAAGAGAGAAAAGAAGAAGAGCUCUCUGCAACUCCAAUGGCGGCCAUAACCUCUCUUUCUUUCAAAACUCCAACAAAAAUUCAAUCUUUACCCAAAACCCAUUACGCCAUACCUCUCAAUCUUCCUUUUUCAUGCCGUUCCAAAUCCAAAAGAACCGGGUUAAUCGGGUCCCGGAACAGAAUCCGUUGCGGGUUGUUGAUUGAACCUGACGGAGGAAAACUCGUAGAGCUUUUCGUUGAGGAAUCACAAAGAGAAUUGAAGAGAGAAGAUGCUUUUAAAAUGCCCCAAAUUAAGCUUACGAAGAUUGAUCUUGAAUGGGUUCAUGUGUUAAGUGAAGGAUGGGCUAGUCCAUUGAAAGGGUUUAUGAGAGAAUCUGAGUUCCUCCAAACUCUUCAUUUUAAUUCGAUUCGUCUAGAAGAUGGGUCUGUUGUUAACAUGUCGGUUCCGAUUGUGCUCGCCAUUGAUGAUUCUCAGAAGAAUCAAAUUGGUGGGUCGAGUAAUGUUGCCCUUGUUGAUGAUGAAAACAACCCCAUUGCCAUUCUUAGCGAUAUCGAGAUCUACAAGCAUAACAAGGAAGAACGGAUAGCAAGAACUUGGGGCACCACUGCCCCAGGUCUUCCUUAUGUGGAUGAAGCUAUAACUCAUGCUGGAAACUGGUUAAUUGGUGGCGAUUUAAAAGUUAUAGAUCCAGUCAAGUACCAUGAUGGUCUUGACAGGUUCCGGCUUUCACCUGCUGAACUUCGUGAUGAAUUCACAAGGCGAAAUGCAGAUGCAGUUUUUGCCUUUCAACUGAGAAAUCCUGUGCAUAAUGGCCAUGCACUAUUGAUGACUGACACGCGUCGGCGACUUCUCGAGAUGGGAUAUAAGAAUCCUGUCCUUUUGCUUCAUCCUCUUGGAGGUUACACAAAGGCAGAUGAUGUUCCACUUCAUUGGAGGAUGAAGCAACAUGAGAAGGUACUUGAAGAUGGGGUGCUUGAUCCAGAGACAACUGUGGUUUCUAUAUUCCCAUCUCCCAUGCACUAUGCUGGUCCAACCGAGGUGCAAUGGCAUGCAAAGGCUCGCAUCAAUGCAGGUGCUAACUUUUAUAUCGUGGGACGAGACCCAGCUGGAAUGAGUCAUCCUGUGGAAAAGAGAGAUCUGUAUGAUGCAGAUCAUGGCAAGAAAGUCCUCAGUAUGGCUCCAGGACUAGAACGGCUGAAUAUCUUACCUUUCAGGGUGGCUGCGUAUGACAAGACUAAGAAUGGAAUGGCUUUCUUUGACCCCUCUAGGCCUCAAGAUUUUAUCUUCAUUUCAGGCACCAAGAUGCGAAUGCUUGCAAAGAACAAAGAGAGCCCUCCGAAUGGAUUUAUGUGCCCGGGUGGUUGGAAGGUUUUGGUGGAAUACUAUGAUAGUUUGGCUUCAGCUGAAAAUGGCAGAGUUGCCGAACCUGUGCCUUCUUGAAUGUUGUAUCAUCAUUGAGAAAGUGAUUUACAACAUAUUUGGGUUAGAAAAAUCAACUUUUUUCUCCAAAAGACGAAUAAUAAUAGUGAAGCAUGGUAUAGGUUGAGGAAAAAGUUUCUCCAUCUUGUAAAUUCAUAGGGCUAAGUUUAUUCACACAUCUGUGAUGCACCUAUAUUAUAGGUACUUGCAUUCAUGAAAAUGAGUUUCCAAGUUUUCAGGAUGGAUGGACUAUGUAGUAUAGAGGUUGGAGGAUACAUCAUAUGUAUUUCAUUCUUUUGAAUAGAUGAAAGCAUAAACAUUUGUUUUCAUUCGUCGCCUUGGUUUCAGUUAUCAUAUUAUUCAUUGUCAUUAGGGCUAAGGUUGCGUAUGCACCUCCUUCAUUAUAGUGAAUAUGUUGUUUGAAGUUUCAAAAUCAUUCAAAUUUCUAUUUA